CGUGGAGAUGGGGGAGAGCGGCUGCCGUGCCUAACACUGCGUAUUGCUGUCUGUGUGUGCAGGAGCUGGGAUGGAGGGAGAGGACCAGGAGAGGAAGAGGAAGGUGGAAGCCGGCAAAGCUAAGCUUGCCCAGUUCCGACAACGGAAGGGGCAAUCCGACAGCCAGAAUUCAUCAAAAAAGUCCAAGAAAAAGAAAAGCUCACCAGGCUCCAAAUAUCGCGAACAACCGGAGCAUGCUCCAGAUGCUAGCUUAUCGCAGAGUGAUGAGGCUCCCUCCCAGAGUGCCACAAGUGGAGCAGCUGCCACUGCCGAAUUCACCAUUAUGAGAACUGUGCCGCAUGGUGAAAUUAUUAAACAUGACCAGACUUACACUAUAGAACCUGAAAGUGAAAUUUCAACUACAGCUGAUGAUUAUAGCUCCGAGGUAAUGAGUGACAAUUUUCUGCUGACCGCAAACCCAGCAUCAGACCUAGAGAGGGAGGAAGAAUUCGGUGUCCGGGAAACCUUCUCCGAGCAUGGUACACAGAGCUCUCAGACACGACUCGAGGUGAUGGAGGAUGAGCUAGCUGGAAAGCAACAAGAAAUCGAGGAGCUGAACAGAGAGCUGGAGGAAAUGCGGGCAGCUUACGGCACAGAAGGAUUGCAACAGCUUCAGGAGUUUGAAAUGGCGGUAAAACAAAGAGAUGGCAUCAUUACCCAGCUUACUACCAAUCUCCAACAAGCCAGGAGGGAAAAAGACGAUAUAAUGAGGGAAUUUCUAGAACUGACAGAACAAAGCCAAAAUUUAAAGAUUCAAUUUCAGCACUUACAGGCCAGUGAAACCAAAAGAAACACCAGUCGUACAAGUACAGCGGCAGAUCUGUUCCAAUCCAAGCAACAUAUAUUCACCUAUCAGCAGCAACUGGAAGAGCAGGGACAGAGGCUAAAACACUACCAAAAAGAGAACGAGGGGCUCCAAUUCCAGAUUGUGGCUCUGCAAGAGGAAAUUAAAAAUAUGCAGCAGGUACACCAUAAGGAACUUGAAGCCUCAUAUGAGAAAAAGUUAACUGAAAAAGACCUGACUGUCAAUGGCUUAAAAUCUGCAUUGAUCGAUGAGGAAAAGAAAUCAUUUCAGUUACAGGAAAGAAUCGCUGGUGCUGACCGAUCCUUAGAUGAAUUGAGAGAGCAGUUAACACUUAAGAGCCAAGAAAUAAGCAGUCUUACUGAAGAACUAAACCAUUCAAAGCAAAAGGAAAGAAGGUCUUCGGAGGAAAUUAAGCAGUUAAUGGGUACUGUGGAAGACCUUCAGAAAAAACAUCACAAAGGCACUCAAUCGGAGGCAGACAUUAUUCAUCGCAUGGAACUGGAAACACAAAGAAAACUGGAACAGCUUCAGGCAGAGCUAGAUGAAAUGUACGGGCAGCAGAUUGUACAGAUGAAGCAGGAGCUUUUCAAGCAACAUACACUGGAGAUUGAGAAGCUUGUAGCCGAGCACAAAGCUGUGGUGGACAACCUCUCUAACCAAACAGAAACCAAUGCACAAAUCCAUUCACUUUCUACCGCGAUCGGUGAAUUAAAUUCACAGCUACAGCAUUCUAACGAACAGAGAACUAAAAUGAAGGAAGACUUCGAUCAGAAACUUGAAGCUGUAUCUUCCGAAAAGACGCUCCUACAAAGGCAAAUAGAAGAUUUGCUACAGGACCUAAGCUUUGCAAGGGAGCAGAUUCAUAGAGCAAAGCAGAGCAUUAGUGAGAAGGAUAGCAAGCUUAAUGAAACCAGCAGUUUACACAUCACAAUCGAAAAUCUCAGAGCAGAGCUGGCAUCUGCAACUGAAUUUACCAAAGAGAUGGAAAUAAAGCACGAAGCUGAAGUUACUAAUUACAAGAUUAAGCUUGAAAUGCUAGAGAGGGAGAAGGAUGCAGUUUUGGACAGGAUGGCUGAAUCUCAGGAAGCUGAGCUGGAGAAGCUAAGAACACAUUUUCUGUUCAGUCAAGAAGAUGAUAUGUCCAAACUAAGAGAAGAUUUAACUCGAGAACACAGGACAAACAUUGAGAAUCUUAAAGAUAAUUUAGAAGUACAGUAUAAUCAGCAAAUCGACCAGUUGCAACAUGAGAUGGGUCAGACCAUCCGUGACCUUCAAUCAGAAAAAGAUAACUUAAUAACUGCACAAAAUUGUUUAACAAUGGAAAUUUCAAAACUGACGGACUUGCUACAAUCUGUUAACGAUCCAAAAUCUGAGGCCAUGAUGGCUCGGAUUAAUGAACUCCAAACAGAGUUGGACUUUCUAAGGAAAGAAAGAGAAAAGGGUUCUGUAGAACAAGACGUUGAAGAACUGCAGCGUAGAAUUACAUUUCUGGAAAAUGAACUAGAAGAUAAAAAUACGCUUAUUGAUAGGGUUGCAGCUCUGGAAAGUGACAACACACUUCUUAAAGAUGAAAAUAAUGCAUUGCAAAAUUCCUUGAAAAAAGUCAACAUUGAUGGUCACGAAAGAGGUUUAGUUGAUAGAACAGACUCUGAUUAUCAUGUCUUGAAAAAAGAAAUUGAAAUCCUCACAGCAGAAAAUAAAAGACUUGGGAAUCUAGAACUCCAGUUGAGAAAUGAAAUUGAAAGACAGAAGAACACAUUUUCAUUUGCAGAAAAGAAUUUUGAUGUAAACUACCAGGAAUUGAAAGAGGAGUAUGCCUGCCUUUUAAAUAUUAAAAAUCAAUUAGAAAACAAUAAAAUUAAACAAGAAGAAGAAUACCAAGUAAAACUUUGUGUUCUUAAUGAUGAAUUAUCGAAGUUCAAAGGUAAUUCUUUAGAAUCAAAUGAGCUUUCCAUUAACAGUUUGCCCAAACUGAUAAAAGCAGAUACCCUUGAAGGUAUGGACAUUGUUGAGAAAGAUACAAUAGAACUAAUGGAAAAACUUGAGCUUGCCCAGCGAGAUAAAGAAGAACUGUCUUUGAAGGUGUGUGAUCUAUCUGAACAGUUACAAUUUAAACAAAAUGAAAUUAAUAAAUUGAAAGACCAAUUGAAAUCCCUACACCAAGAAAGAGAUCAUGUGUUGUCUGAGGGUCAAAAACUGGAUCAUGUAAUAAGCACAAGGAAUGUAAACCCUGUUCAGGAUUUCACAGAACAUCCUGUAGAGACAGACGCUUUAAUGUCUGUGAGCGACACACCCAAUAAAGACAAAAGAACAUUAAACAAAAUGGAAGAAUGUGAGAAAAAUGUUCACCGAAAUAACUGUGCACCAUAUUUGUUGCCGGAUAUUGGUGAACUGCAACAAGAAAAUAAAAAUGCUUUUGAAAUUUUGUCCGACUCAACAUCUAGGGUUAAGCAUGAAUCAGUGCUUUUGAGAAACGCACAACAGGAACAAUACCACCUUCAAACCCAGAUCGCUGCACUACAGCAGGAGCUGGCUGAUAUGACACUACAACUGGAAGCACAGCGCAUUACCCUGAAUGAGAUUCACAUAGCUCGCUUGAAACUGCUUUCUGAAAACCUCCAAAGAGAAAAGGAGCAAGAGCUCUGCAAGCUUAAAGAGGAGAUGCUCAGGAUUCAAGAGGUAAAGCUAGAAGAGCUGCAGGAUGUACAUCAACGGAAUCUACAAUCACUCCAGUUAGAACACCCUGAGAAUGUAACAGGCAGUGACAUUGGAUCUUGUCGUGUUCUAAUAGAAAUGUUAAUGAAGAGGAUCCGUGAUGAACAAAAUCAUAUUAAUGAGUGCUUUAAUCAAAAACAUCUUGAAAACCAGAAAAAAGCUAAUGAAACUGAACAUGAGGGGGCAGAGCGGCUGCAGGACUCUUCAGGUGGAUCAGUUGAACAACAACACUUAACUGAAGUACAAUCAAAUCUAGCAACACUUCUGGACUCAUUUUUGGAAGAAUAUAGGCGUGUGACUGCACUCUACAACUCGCUUGAAGAGACUCACAGUCGUCCUAUGAGUGCAGAUGCACCGGAAUCCAAUACCUUAAGGCACAUUCCGAUUCCGUCCCAUUCUUCAGCACCACACAGUACUGAUGAUAGUAAAAUACUGGAUGUCGCCUCGUCUCGGUCUGAGGAGGCUGAGAAGCUGAAGAAUGCGUUUAGCCUGCAAAGGACGCAGCUCGAAGACAAGCACUCUCAAGAAAUUGAGCACCUCCGCUUCUAUUUCCAACAGCAGCUGAAAGAACGUGAGGAACGCUACACUACUGAGAUAAUACAUUUGCAAGAGCAACUUCACAGUGUUAACCAGACCUCUCUAGAUUUCAGGGUACUGUCUGAAAGCCAGCUGGUAGUCGAGCUGGGCUCCCAUGAAGCUGAAAUGUUUAAAAGUGUCUUGGCCCCAGUUACUGAAGAGUUAAAGAUGGCAUUUUCUGGCCCCAUUUACCAACAGUUACAUAUUCUGAGACAAGCUUUAUACGGGCGUUAUGUAGAUGAAGUAAAUGCACUGAAAAAACAGCAUGAAGCAGAAUUGGAUCGUCUGAAAGCAGAUCUGACGGAGAAAUAUUCCCUGGAGAAUGCAAGUUUAAAAAAGGAGAUCACGCAACUGAAGCAGGCCAAGAAAGACAUUUUGUAUGAAACCUUUGGGGAACUUUCACUGUAUCAGCUUAGUAAUAAUGAGGAACAAAAACACUCCGAUAUAAACCAGCUAAUGGAGGAACGUUACCGUGAAAGGAUAGAGGAAGAAAUAGCAAGAGUUAUUGUCGAGAUGACCAUAGGAUUUGCUCAGAAGACUGAACUUGCAAGAUUGGCUACAUUAAAGAAUGGUGAAAGUGAAAUAUCAUGUGAAUGUGCUGUGGAAAACAGUGACAAGCUACAGGUUAAACAGGAUAAUGACAACGAUGAUGGUAAAACAGAAAAUCUGCAAUCCGUAGAAUUACCGGCAUACGCACAGUCCGUAGAAUCUCAGACCUUGGCAGCCAGUGAUGUAAAGAAUGGUGAUACAGAAGUUCAAUCUGUAAUUGCAGAACAGACCAAUGAGCAGAGCCCAAUACACCAGGAUGCCACAGCAACAACAGAAAUGCUUCCCACAGAGAAAACAGUUGUUCUCAACGAACAGGAUUACAACCAGAUGGUUGCAAUGGGUGCAGAAAGUGCCAAGCUGAGACUAUUGUAUGAGGAGCGUGUUGAAGACAUGAGACAAGAAUUGGUGAGGCUUGAACAGGAACGUCAGCAGGCAAUCGAGGCUCUGAGACUUGCUCACGCUGCACAGUUGGAGAGGCAAAUGUACGACCAAGAGCAACUCCUCACAGAACUUCAUACAGUUAGAGCACAGCUAGCUGAUAACGUGCUGGUGUUUAGUGAAAACCAGGACACAGAGAGGGAGAGAAUGUUGUUGGAAACAUUAAAGCAAACAUGUCCGGAGACCAGAGGAAAACAAGAUUUUACUCAGCAGGAUAACAGCUCUCAGACAGAGCAUGAACCUGUCAAGGAGGUGGAGAACGAGGAAGAAAUGCAGGAGGGUGGAGAAGAAAAUGAGGAGAGUAGAGACUCCCUAGUGAGUGACCCCAUCUGUGACAGGAACACCUUGAAAAGAGCAAAUAAACAUUUGUUAAAGAUUCUUCUUGAAAUUGCAAAGACAACUGGUGCCGUUGAGGAGACCAUAGGGCGACAUGUUGUUGGACUUCUUGACAAGUCAGGAAGACGCCAGUCUCUUUCUAAAGGGCUGGUUUGGAGCCCUGACCCAGUGUGUGCUGGGGAUGUUCCUCUCACAGGUUCUGUGAGUGACUUUGCUGAAGAGAAGAUUACACCCAUCUGGUCGGGAGAGGAGGUCUCUGAAUUAUCCCAGCAACUCACAGGAGAAGAAUUUGUGGGAAUAGAUAUAAAUCCUGAAGAUGAAGGUUGCAUGCUUAAUAUUGUCACUCGACUCCAAGGAGCUGUAGAAAAACUGUUAGAGGUCAUCAAUGAUACUAGCAACCAGCUAGAACAUGCCAAGGCUGCACAGACUGAGUUGGUGCGGGAAUCCAUCAAAAGGAAGCAGGAGACUUCUGAGCUGCUCAAAAUACAAGAUGAGCUUCAAGAAAGACUCAAUGAGGAGGCCAAAGCCAGAGAACACCUGGCUUUGGAACUCAGUAAAGCAGAAGGCCUUCUCGAUGGAUACACAGAUGAAAGAGUCUUUCUUGAAAAGCAAAUGCAGGAAAAAAAUGAUCUUAUCCAGCACCUUGAACAGGAGCUGCAAAGUACAGGUAACAGGUUGCAGGAAUUUGAACAGGAGCGGCAACAGAUACAGGAGGAAAGGGAGCUGCUCUCCCGACAGAAAAAUGCAUUAAAGGCUGAUGCAGCACCUGCAGAGCAACGGUUAGUAGAAGCUGCAGUCGUUGCAGCUCCCAAAGAAGAGCUGCUAGAGGAGGCAGAGAAGCUCUUGAAGGAAAAAAUUGAAGUUCAGCGCCAGGCUGAAAAGGACUCUGGUGACUUCCACAAGCAAGUGAAAGUCCUCGAGAUAGAGCUGGAGGAACAGGUGACUCGCUUUACAGAAUUGGAGCAGGAAAAAAAUGCUGACCUGGAGGACCUACGCCAAAAAAACCUUGCUCUCGAAAAACAGCUUGAGAAAACACGCAAAUUUUUAGAUGAACAAGCAGUAGAUCGGGAACAUGAAAGAGAUGUAUUUCAACAGGAAAUUCAGAAACUUGAGCAGCAGCUUAAAAUGCCGCAAAGGUACCAGCCAACUAAUGAUCAACAAAGCAACCAGGUGGAAACACUUGAAAAUAAUCUUAAGGAAAAAACUGACAAAUGUAGCGAACUUCUUCUAUCCAAAGAGCAGCUCCAACGGGAUGUCCAGGAAAGAAAUGAAGAGAUUGAAAAGCUCGAGUGCAGGAUUCGAGAACUUGAGCAGGCCCUGCUUAUUAGCACAGACAGUAUACAGAAGGUCGAGGACAGACGAGCAUCUCUAAUCAAGGUAGUCAAAGGAGAAAUGCCUCUGGAAGCCCAACUUCAAGUGGAGCGAGAAGCAAUGGACAGAAAAGAAAAUGAGAUUACCAAUUUGGAAGAGCAGUUGGAACAGUUCAGAGAAGAGCUAGAGAAUAAAAUUGAAGAGGUCCAGCAGCUCCAUAUGCAGCUAGAGAUCCAGAGGAAGGAGUCCGCAACCCAAAUCCACGGAUUGGAACAGGAGAAUAAAACACUAAAGGAUGAAUGUGAAAAUUUACAGCUUGAUCUUCAAGGUGAUUCCACUUUAAAAACCCAUCUUUUAAAAGGGGAGAAAUAUGAAGAACAGCUUCUGUUGAAAGACCAGGAAAUAGAUCAGCUGAACGAACAGAUUGUCAAACUACAGACACAACUUAAAGCAGCAACUGAUAACAAGGUAAUUGAAGAGAAAAACGAACAAAUUAAAGAAUACAAGAGCCAAAUAAAAUGUUUAAGAAGCGACCAGGAGCGUUUGAAGAAGAAUAGCGAGGAGGAGAUAGAAAAGCUUAAUGAAGUCAUAGAUAAACUUCAAGAGGAACUAGCGAGCAUAGAACAGAAAGUGUCUGCUGAUAUUGCCAGCAUGACAGAGGACGGAUAUAACAGCAGGCAUCAACUCGACGACUUGUUGGCAGAAAAAGAGAUUUUACAACAAGGCAUUGCACUGGGUGAAACAGAAUUAAACCUUACAAGGGCUGCACACGUAGAAAGAAAAGCUGAAGAUUUAGAAAACCUGAGAAACACCAAGGGUAACGUUGAAAAGGAGACACGUUGGGAAAGUAACUGUGCCAGUAAUUUAGAGUUGGAGAUGCAAGCAGUAUUAAAACCCUUAGCAAAUCCUUCAUAUCCAUAUCUACAGGACAUGGAAUUACAGUUGCAGGAGUUAAAACAAAUUAUUAAAGAAAAGGAUUCUGAACUUUUACAGUAUUCGGAUCAGGUGAAGGAACUGAAAGAGCAAGUCCAGAUCAUCGAACAUUUAAAUGGUGUUAUACAGAACCUUCAGGUGAAAUUAAAAGAACAGAACAUUUCUCUAGAAUCCUCCAGCAAGACCGAGGACGCAGAGAGUUCUAAACACCACCUUGAAACUGUGAGGGCAGAAAAAACUCUAGCUGCAAAAGUUGAUUUUGAUGACACUAUGGCGACUGUCUCAAAGACUGAUCUUGAGGCAACCAAAUCAGAAUUACAUUUAUUGAGAGAAGAGUUGAAGAAAUUAAAAGAAAGGACGGAAGUUACAGUGUUAGGAAAUGUGUCUUCAAGUAAAAAUCAGGGGAUAGUGGCAGAACAUACUGAAGCCAAAUUUGAUAAGCCAGAGGAAGCGUUAAGAGCAAAGACGGCACAGCACUUGGCAAAUGAAGCAUUACUUGAGUCUGUUCAGGAAACCGCACAGGGUGCAAUGAACAACAUGGAGUCUCAACUGCAGAAACUUCAGGGAAUUAUUAAACAGAAGGAUUCAGAACUGGCACAGCAUGCAAACCAAACCACAACCCUGGAGAAGCAAGUCCAAGAAAUCGAGCAGCUGAAUAAUAUCAUACGGACACUCCAGAAAGAUAUGGCAGAAAUAGAGCAGAGGGUUUCUGUGGAGUUUGAUAAGAAGAUGGAAAGUUUGCAAGCUGAAAAUGAAUUAUUAAAGCAGAAGGCUGUGACAAAUGAAGAAGCUGCUACUCGGGCAAGGGCUGAACUGGAAAAGACACAAACUGAAGUGAAGGUGUUGAAAGACAAAGUCCAAAAUCUGUUAACAACACAAGAAAAUAAUACAACCGUGCAAGAAUGUUUGACUAUAUGCAGCAAUGAUGGGCUUAUUUCUGCAGAUAUCAAAGCCAAUUUGGAGAACUUGGAGGAUGCCCUUAGAGAGAAAACCGCUCAGCUAUUAGCCAGUCAAGCUCUGUACACAUCCAUGCAGGAGUCUAUGCAGAGUGUGAUAAACAACAUGGAGUCUCAGUUACAAGAAUUUAAGAUGAUUAUUCAAGUAAAGGACUCAGAGUUCCUCCAACUUGAGGGUCAAAAAGAGUUGCUUAAUAAACAGACAGAGGAUAUCAAACAGCUGAAUACAGCAAUAGAGAUCCUACAGAAGGAAUUGUCUCAGGCAAGAGUGAAAGACAAUGUCCAACCUUUAAGAGUGACACAGGAUAUAGAAUGUAGCAAUCAGUAUUCAAGAACUUUGAUGCCAAACCACCAGGAUUCUAGGUUGAACAAUGAGGAGGUGAAUCUAGCAAUGCUAGAGUUGGAGGAGACAAAAGCAAAAGUAAAUGUGUUGAAAGAAGAGUUAGAAAAACUCAGAACUGCUAGAGAAAAUGCACUUGACUGUACAUCUGUUGGGCCUGUGAUGUCCAGUGUAGAAAGUAGAACCAAUGAUGGUAUUGAAAUUCAGGAAAACUUAGAGCAAAAGACAGAAUUACUCUUAACUAACCAAGCUUGGCAAACUACUAUAAACUCUAUGGAGGCUGAGUUACAAGAGCUUCAGAAAGUUAUUGCGGAGAAGGAUCUUGAGCUUCUGCAGUAUUCAAGUGAAAUAGAGUUGCUCAAAGAGCAGGUGAAGACUGAAGGUGAUCAGCAUGGUCAGAUCAUGUCAGCCAUGGAAGAUACGCUCAGGGAAAAAGUGGCUGCAGCUCUGGUGAGUGAAGCUCAAAUAAAGGCCAUUCAAGUGCACACCAAACAGAUGCAACGGUCUGACACUUCUUCCAUUCAUGACGAAGAGUCUAAAGCAACUCAGACCUCAAUGUCCACACUGACAGAAGGGGAAGAAGCCGAGUCAAAGUUAUCUGCACUCUCUUUGAGGUUACUACAGCUUGAGAAGCAGCUUGCAGACCUUCAUGAACAGUUACAAGUAGAAAGAGAGCAAGUGAUUGCUGCAAAUGAACUGGCUGCUGAGAAAGAAAGAAAGCUACGUGAACUGCAAACUGUCCUGGAGAGCACCACUGGAAAACGUGAGAGUGUAUGUACUGGAUCUCCCAGUGAGAGGGAAGGGGCUGUAACAUCACAGGGCAAUGUUAUGGGUGACCUGGAACAAGAACUCCAAAGGAUUAAAGCUGAGACAACAGCCACCAAAGAAGAACUGUGUCACUACCGAGAGGUGGCAGAAAAGCUCCAAGAGGAACUCCUGGUGAAGGAAACCAAUGUAGCUCAUUUAGAAGAAGAUCUUAAAAACAUGAAGAAAUGCCUCUCUGAGGCAGAGGAUAAGCUUGCGUGUUUCAUGAAGAGGGAAGAGCAGCUUGCAGAAGAGAAAAAGCAGUCACUGGAUGUCCUCGAUGGGGUAGGAGUCCUGGCACAGGCUGCUUUUGACAUGACAUCCUCUUCAUCACAAACUGACAGAGCUUCAAGUGUGAACAACAGUAACCAGACUCCACCUGUCCACCUUGUCGAUAUGGGAAUCCAGAAUGAGCUAGAGACCACACAGCUGAACAGCGUGUCCGAUGAAGUUAGAGAAAUGGUAGAACAGUACACAGAAAAAAUUGGUCAAAUGCAGGAUCUCCACGCUGCCGAAAUUCUUGAUAUGGAAGCCAGGCAUAUUGCCGAAGCAGAUUCCUUGAGGAGGGAGCAGUAUGUUGCUGUGCAGACGCUGACUAAGGAGUGUGAAUCUUUGAAAUCAGUGAUUGGAGCUCUGAAAGCUGGAAGGACAAUCCCGGAUGCCGCACUCUCUGAUUCUUACCAGUUCACAGAUGGAGCCUCUAGUGACACGGGCUCGGACUGGAGCCAAGGAAUCUAUGCUACCAAUAGCUUUGUUUCGGCCCCCGAUGGAAUAAGAGGCGAUGAUGAAGUUCUGACAGAUUUACUUCCAAACAAGAUAAAGAACCUUCUGAGGGCCGUACAUAAAGAAGGAAUUCAAGUAUUGUCACUAACAGAAUCUGCUAUUUCGGAACCAAAUCUUCAGUCACUCGGCGCAAGCUCAGAAUCUUGGAUGGAAGAAAGAAAGUCUUUAAUAGAAACCAUUAGAUGCCUGAAAAACCUGAUUGGGAAAAUGCAGAAUGAAGAGAAAUCGGAGCUUGAGGAGGGUUCAGAAUUUCCAGAUUGUUCCCCAGAUUGGCGUGGGGAGCUCCUGUGUGCUAUACAGGAUGUGUUCUGCAGGGAGCAAGAUGUUUUAAUGGCUGCUUUUCACACUCAGCUUGAUACCUUGGGCUCCUGUGAUGCAGCCACACUGGUAACCCAAAUGGAACACCGGCUCCAGGAACUGGGAAUGGAACAGAUAAACUCAAUGGACUGUAUACAGAAUGCUGACAGGCGCAGUCUGCUUCUAGAGAUUCAGGAUUUGCGCUCUGAGCUCUGCAGCAUACAGAAUAAUGGAGCAACGGACCAACCAUUCCAUUUACAUAUUGCAGGAGAUGUAUUUACUAACCGUGUACAGCAGGAUCAGCCUCAGCAAGCACAACACACCCACUCACAGCUCAACAGUUUGAAAGCAAAAGCUGCUGAACUACAGGAACAGCUUAAUUCUGAGAGAGCCCUGGUAGCCAAAAUUAAUAAUGAACUUGCACAAACCAAGAUAGAACUUGAAUCUACGCUGAAACAGCAGCACAAGCACUUUAAAGAACUAGAGUCUCUCAGAAUUGAACUCAAGCAGCGAACAGAUGAACUGGAUGGUGUAAAUGAUGCAUUGACAAGUGAACAGAAAAAGACCAGAGAGUUACAGUGGGUCUUGGAGAAAGAAAAGACCAAAGUAGAGCGCAGUGAGGAACGAGAGAAAGAGGAACUAGAAGACCUGAAAAUGUUAGUUGAAGACCAAAAACUGAAGAAUAUGGAGCUAAGUAAGCUCAUAGAAACUGAAACACAGGCGGUGAAGGAUCUCCAAGAACGAAUCGCAUCCAUGGAAUUAACCCAUAAUACAGAACUCUCCCAAGAGAGAAACAAAUUUUUAGAACUUCAGACCGUCUUUGAAGUAGAAAAAACACGUUCUAGUGAGUUGGCAAAUGCCUUGCAAUGUAAAAGAGAGAUGGAUUUGCAGAUACAACUUUGUGAGCAAAAUGGGCAAAAUCCUCCACUCAACCCAGCUGAAGACUUGCUAAAAGAGCUCAACGCUCAGCUGGAAAACAAACAUAAACGUAUAGUAGAGUUAAUGAGUGAGAUGGAGAGCUCCAAGCUGGAGUGUGUGCAACUAAGAAAAAGCAUGGAGGAGGCAAGCAAAAACCAUCAGAGAGAGAUGCAGGCCGAACAAGACGCUGCUAGAGUGGCACACGAACAGGCAGAGGAGUUAAAGUCCAAGGUGGAAGAUCUUCAGCAUAGGCUCAUGGAGAAUGUGUUGGAGAUGCAGAAACUUCAGGCAGACAAGACCUAUUUGAAGGAAACAAUCCAAGAGCUUCAAAAGAAUGGUCAUGAAGUAAUUGAUGGACCAGUAACUGAAAGAAGAGAGUUGGGGGAUAAUACUGAAAGGAAAGGUCUCAUUGACCAAUGUAGAACACGUUCUCAAAAUGAAAAAGGAGGAGGAGACGCACAAGAAGCAGGUUCCAUCUCCCUCAGUCCAGUUAAUGGUGACCAGUUUUCUGGAGGGUCUUCAGUCAGUAUAGAAAGUAUUCAGAGAAGGUUACAACAAGUGUCCAGUAAACUCAAACAGCUGGCCACCAAAGCCAGCCAAAGGAUAUUAUUUGACGAGGCAGACAAUGAGGACUUUGUCUUGUCACAGAACAUCUUGCAGGAGGUCAGAUCUCAUCUUGAACUAGUAGCAGUAAUGUCACUUCAAGAAAAGAAUUUAGUGAUUCCUGGUACACCAACAAACACUCUUACAGAGAGAUUGCUGACACAAAAUGCUGAGCUUACAGGGUAUGUAAGCAGAUUAACAGAAGAAAAAAAUGAUCUCCGCAAUGCCGUACUCAGGCUGGAAGGUGAAGUCACUCGCCACCGUUUGACAGGAGCAUCUGGUGACCAUUCUUACAGACCAUCUGUGGACAAUGCAGUGAACGUGGAUUCAGUCAUAGCAUCUGAAAGAGAACUAUGGAACAAGGAGAAAGUUCAACUUCAGAAAUCUCUGAAACAUUGCGAAGCUGAGCUGUCCAAAGUGAAGGCUGAGCUAAGGAGCGAAGCUGCUCAUAGGGAUUUGGGGCGCGAGUCGGAAAAUUCAGCACUUAAAAGAAUCUAUGGGAAAUACCUCCGCUCCGAGAGUUUUAGGAAAGCCCUGGUGUAUCAGAAGAAAUACCUGCUGUUAUUGCUUGGAGGUUUUCAGGAAUGUGAAGAGGCUACUCUAACCCUAAUUGCACGGAUGGGUGGCCGACCUAGCUACACAGAUUUAGCUAUCAUUACUAAUCAUACAAGAGCCUUCACACGAUUCCGAUCUGCUGUUAGAGUGUCCAUAGCCAUUUCAAGGAUGAAAUUCUUAGUCCGUCGGUGGCAGAGAGCAACUGGAUCCAGUAUAAACCGAAAUGGAUUUGGACAGAGCUCGGGUAACGAGCUGAGAACAGACUCUCCGUACCUCCCCAGUGGCAGUCUGGAGCACUAUGGGGACCCCAGGCAUUCAUCCUGCCGAUCUCGAUCAGGCUUCGACUCACCGCAGUCCACUGUGAACUCUCAGCAUAGGUAUAUGGGCGGCUCAUCUGAGAUAAGUCCAUGCUCUCACAUCCAACACUACGACCCUGACAGAGCAUUAACAGAUUACAUCACUCGUCUAGAGGCGCUGCAGAAGAGGCUAGGAAGUGUGCAGUCAGGUUCAACUGUAAAUAAUACGACACACUACGGUAUACGAAGAUAAUACCCUUGCAAUACUUGAAUUGCCUUCCCUGUGCUGCUUCCGUA